UGUUCUUCAGUAGGAGCUGAAGCCUUAGCACGGGGCGGACACGUCCGGACUUCUUACUGUCACUACUUUUAUUCCAUCGAAACACCGUUAAAUGUUGAAGAAGAACAUCUAAAGUCAUCGCUCCGAGUCGACACAAAGUUUGGGGCCAUGUCUGACCGCCGAGACGAGGACGAAGCGGCGGGAGAGCCGGAGCCGCAGGGCGCCGUGGGCGGAGAAGACGUUCUUGAUGAUCCCAUCUUGGAGCAGGGAGCAGUGGUCCUCAGAGGGUAUGUGAUUGAGCGUAUAAACACAGAAGACCCCAGUCGGAACGUCUCCUCUGAGGACCUGGGAGGAAGACCAGAUGAACUACAGGAUCCACAAAUUAAAGAAGUGGUGGACCAGCUGCUCAAGAUAGCUGAUGAGCUGAACAGGAACGCUGAGCUCCAGCGACUGAUCAACCAGGUUCAGAGGAACUGUGCUCAGGACAUCUUCAUGAAGGUGGCCAGGAGCAUCUUUGCUGAUGGCAUUAACUGGGGUCGAGUGGUGGCUCUCUUCCAUCUGGCCUACAGACUUAUAUACAAGGCUCUGACCACCAAUCAUCUAGAGAACAUCAGAAUGGUGAUUAGCUGGGUUCUCCAAGUCAUCAGAGAGCAGCUCUACGCCUGGCUUGUACAGCAGGGAGGCUGGGAGGGGGUGAUCCGUAGUUUUUCUCGAUGGAGGACAGUAGCCAUAGUAGCAUCAGUGGUACUGGUGGCAACUUUUGUUUACUACAGGAGGACACGCUGACAAUGUCAGACCUCACAGCCAAGACUGCAGUCCCAUCUCCUGGAUAUAUGCAGCUUGUUUAUAAAGACCGUUUCUGGGACAUUAAUUACAAUCACUCCUCAUCCUCCCUCUCAUUAAAAAGAGGAGGUCAAGUAUUUCACUUUUCUCAGGUUUUCAAGAACAAAAAAAAGUGCUUUUACAGCCAGUUGUCCACUUGGCAUCUCUGUCUUCCUUCACUAGCAGCUAAUCAGGACCUUCCACAAAUUACAGAAGCUGCUGCUACAAAACCUGCAACAGCCAGUUUGGAGGCCAUCAGCUGCUGAGCAGCAGAUGAUGUUGUAGAAGUGGGACAUACUACAACUGUCAUCAAAGCCGAGGAGCCGACCUUACCUGAACGGCGUCUGAGGCUCUGGGUGGGGUCUUGGCCCUGAGCAAAAUUUGGAUUAGACAAAGGACAUGGAGAGUAGGGCUGCUCCAUUAUUUAACACGAUUAUUCAUAGACUUUGAAAUCAUGCAUUUAAUAAACUUUUUAAAAGGAACUUUAGCUUUUUAGCAUUAAACUUUCAUAAACUUUAAAUAUAAUUCAGAACAAAUAAAAAGAUAAAUGCAAAACAAAAAUGAAAUCAGGUUGUCUGCACCAGGUUCUCUACAGACAUACUGUGUGAGAUGACCAGUGUACGGCCUCACCCAGCCCUGUCCAAACCUCUGCACCAGCCAGUGGUGGCUAUCUGACACUAUCUGAGGUUUGAUGCAACAGGUUUGAUUCAUUGCCCCAUCUAAAGAAGGGACUUGAAAAAUUACCCUAAGGACAACACUGACAUGAUUUUUCUUAAUACAAGCAAUCAAAAUUCAGCAAGUGCUUGACCAAAUUGUGUGCUGACUUCAUGUCAGUUUACAAAUUUUAAUGUUGUGUUUUGGCCUAAAGUUAGCCAUGUUGGUUCUUCAGUUAACCAGGCUCAUGUCUUUAUACACAUGCAUGUCAACAGAGGAAAGAUUUAAGUCCUGACUGUUUAGAGUCCUGACUGGAUAAAGUACCAAAUACCAGCACUCUGCACCAUGGAAAAUGCUAUUUCUGUUUUUUUUUGUUUUUUUUUAAACAGACGUGGUCCAUCUCAGGUUCAUAGAUAGACCAUUCUUUCAGGCCUACUUAGAUCAGUGCCGUGCAAUAAGUAAAGGGAAUGUGACUUCUUGUGUUUUGAUCUGUCCUACUGGUUUGCAGCUCUAUUGAUGAGCUAAAGUUCUUUUAGUGGCUGAAAUACUUUACUGCUUGUGGCAACUUAUGUUUACAGCGAGUUGCUCCUUUAGUUAACCUUUAUGAGUGAUCCCCUCACCAUCACCAUACUGUGAAGACAUCUGAAUUGCACACUGACUGGUAAAGUCCAUACUAACUGUAACACUGCCUGAUUUGAGGGCAAAACAGCAGUUUGUUCUCUGCUUGUGUCCAUAGAAACAAAACAAAAAAAGACAGAUUCGAGGUUUCUGCAUUAUGCUGUAGUGUGGAUCGGAAAACAUUUUGAAAGCACUGGUGUGUGACUGACAAAUGCAAGACUCUGUUCCAGGAGUGUUAAGAAGCUGAUUUCUGUUGCUUCUAUGGCUGAAGGUUUCCCUGUUGUAUGUAAACAUCAGAAGUCUGAUCUGACUGAGGAACUCUCAUGAAACGCUAUCAGCCUUUGUUAGAAGGUUUAUCACCUACCACCACCAAAUCAUUGCCAUGCAGUUUGUCACAGCAAAUUACACCAAUUCAAAAUGCACAAUAUGAGUGAGUGAAAGGCAACAGGACAGUUGUUAAACCUACUGAUGACAACCUGUAACCACCUACAGUCCCUACUGUCAACAUGUCUACAACUUGUAAUAUGUGACUUUUUAUCCUAUCCUUUUUUUUUUUCUUGUCUGUCUUGGAGCUCAGAAUAACAAGGGCUUGAAGUUGUGUGUAGCUUUUUCUUUUCUUUUUUUUUUUUUUGUUGUAAAAUUUGCCUUUCCUUGCAUCACAACAGAACUGGCUUACUGAUCCAACACAAGUCUCCUGCUCUUUUGUCAUUGUGGUUGUCAUGGACAGUAUUCAACUCCAUCUUCACACACCCACAUCUCCACUGGGCCUGGAUCAUGAACAGAUGCUAGUAGAUUUUUAAGCCUAUAAAACUUGUGUGGCCGUUGAGAAAUGAUUUUUAAAAAUCUAUGUAUACCUUGUAAAGUAGACAAAGGGGAACAGAAGUUUAGUGAACAAGAAUAUGUUUUCUGUGUUUCUGUGGGAAUAAAGCUUUAUAUAUAAAGAGCUAAUUAUUUAAACUAGUGCCUUUUAUGCAUUACAGUAUGUAAGGGUGUUUUUGCUACCAGCCCGAGCUCUUUGAGAGGGAAAUCACACUAUCUGUUCUUUUGUAGCACCUGUUUAAAUUGUAGCCUGAUGACUUUUUUUGUUGGAAAAGUGAUUUGAAUGGACUAGAUUUCUGUGAAUAAAUUUAAAGUAUGUUAGACUGCU